AUGCCUGUCAUGUUGACUGUUGACUGGUUCCCUCUGGGAAGGGACACUUACUUUCGAAAAUUCGAACUUUACCCAAUGGAAUUUCAAUAUGAAGUAAAUUUAAAUAAUUUACUAAUUGCUGCGCCCUACGGAGGGUCAAUAGCAGUCACCAGAGAUCCUAAAAAAUUUGUUAAAGUUCAAGGUGCUAACAAACCUAUCAUAUCUCUUUACUCCUCAUCAGGAAAAGUAACUUCUAAAUUCACAUGGAACAGUGGUCAAUUAGUAAAAAUGGGAUGGUCUCAUCAAGAAGAGCUGCUGUGCGUUCAAGAUGAUGGAAUGAUUCUUAAUUAUGAUCUUUUUGGAACAUAUCAGACUACUUUUAGCAUGGGAAGUGAAGCAAAAAAUACUAAAGUAAUUGACGCUAAAUUUUUUACAUCAGCAAACGGUACUGGAGUAGCAGUUUUGACUUCUACAAAUUUAGUAUUCCUAGUAAAUAAUGUCGCAGAGCCUAAAGUGCGACAACUUCCAGAAAUUCCUAAACUAGGAGGUCCAAUAGACUCUUGGUGUGUCGUAAGUUUUGAAAGACAGAGCCAAGUAAUAGUAGCGAACCAAAAUGGCCUGUACCAAAUCCAACACAUGGGUAAAACACCAGCACCUAUACCCUUUGGUAAUUUAUUCAGCAACAAAAUAAACAGUGUCACUGCGAUGGCUGUGUCUGCAAACAAUUUGCACCUGGCUCUGUACGGAGACACUGGACAUUUAUACCUCGGGUCAGUGGACCUAAAGGAGAAGUACACAGAGUGUAUAACUGGGAUGAGCAAACCACUGAUAGAUAUCGCCUGGUGCGGAACUGAAGCCGUGGUUUGCUGCUGGAAUAAUUCCUUGAUGGUCGUAGGGCGUAGCGGUGAUACUAUUUUGCACGUCUACGACAGUCCGGCUCAUUUAGUAACAGAGAUUGACGGUGUGAGAGUCAUUUCUGCUAGCUCUCACGAGAUGAUUCAAAAAGUUCCUAAUGUUGUGCAGAAAAUUUUCCGCAUCAACUCGACUGACUCAGCUUCUUAUCUGCUUGAAGCUUCAAAGCAGUUUGAAAAGCGCAGUCAUAAAGCUGAUAGUUAUAUUGAUUUGGUUAAAGACAAACUUGAUGGUGCGAUAAAAGAUUGUGUUAAUGCGGCGAGUCAUGAGUUUGAUUCAGAAACUCAGAAACUUCUUAUAAGAGCUGCAAAAUUUGGAAAAGGAUUCAGCAAAACAAUAGAUCCAGAGCGUUACGUAACAAUGUGUAGAAUUUUGAGAGUUUUAAAUGCCAUAAGACAUCCAACCAUCGGAAUUCCAUUGACAUUCACACAAUUGGACUUAUUGACAAAUCAAGUAUUACUCGACCGAUUGGUCGUCAGGCGACACUAUUAUUUGGCUAUUCAGAUAGCCAGGCAUUUACAAAUACCUGAGGAAGAUGGUGAAAGUAGAAUUCUUGCUCAUUGGGCUUGUUAUAAAGUAAAACAAACAGUAUUGGAUAAAGAACAAAUAGCUGAAGAAAUAGCAGCGAAAUUGGGAUAUGCGCGUGGAGUUUCUUAUAGUGAAAUAGCUGAAAAAGCUGCUGAUUGCGGUAGAAAACAAUUGGCUAUAAAAUUAAUCGAUUACGAACCAAGAGCGCAUCUUCAAGUCCCACUACUCUUGCGUCUAGGUGUUGAAAGAGCAGCUCUUGACAAAGCCGUAGAAAGUGGAAACACUGAUUUGGUUUAUCACGUUAUUUUACAUUUCCAAAAGAACAUGCCUCUGGCUAAUUUUGAAAUGUCAAUAAAACACUGCCCAUUAGCGAUGUCAUUGUACAUUAAGUACUGUCAAAAUCAUAAUCGAGAAGCUCUGCUGGAUAUUUAUGACAUGUAUGACGAUUUUUACUCACAAGCUCUCUGGUAUAUCAGAGAAAGCUAUCAGCCUAAAAAUGCUUUGACCCGAGAACCGCUGUUACAAAAUGCUCAAGAAAAAUUCAAGAUGGGUCGCUAUGACACCAAUGCAGCCUUGACUGAGGAGCAAGUACGCUUGCUGAAGUAUCAGAAACAAUUAGGAGAAACUUUACGCGAAUCAGUAAUAGGAAAGUCGCUUCAUGACACAGUACAAUUAUUGUUAAUGCAAAAUGAAGUUAAGUUAGCUGAUAAAUUACGCUCGGAGUACAAAAUUCCGGAUAGGAGGUACUGGUGGCUAAGGAUUCAGUGCUUGUCCGAGCAAGGGCUUUGGGGAGAGAUGGAAAAGUUUUCUAAAAGCAAAAAAUCUCCGAUUGGUUACGAGCCGUUUAUCGAUGAGUGCUUGAAGUAUAAUCAUACUGAAGAAGGAAAAAAAUAUUUAUCUCGUGUAAGAGACGAAUUAAAAGUUAAAUAUCUUGCUAAAUUCAAAAUGCUAGUAGAAGCAGCUCAAACAGCGUACGACCAAAGAGAUUCAUCGGCUCUGUCAUUUGUGCUAGCACAGUGCGGACCUUCCGACAGAUUACUCGCAGAAAAAAUAAACGGAAUGCUAACUAGUCUUCGAAUCGCAUAA